CGCGGUCAGGUAGGUAUGAAGGGGACAUAUGAGAGGCGGUGCGUAAACAGAGUGGGCGAAGAUGGCGUCGAGUAAGAAGGGCGGAGGGAAUAACAGACUGGAGAGAGUUGUGAAUGGAAGACGCUCAUCCAAAUUCAAAGAGGGUCCCGUUGGUCUUCUUCCAUCGCAAAUGUCAACAGCUGACCCUGACAGCGCCAACCUGAUCAGCAGAGAGGAGGCUGACAUGGACAAAGCCUUGAACUCAGAUUCUGUGAUGGACACCCAGGCAGUGUUUGCGGCACUGUACGGCGUAUGUGAUGAAAACGUGGCUUUCUUCUCGGGUGGAGCCAAGGGGACCCAGAGUGAUGCUGGUCGACGUCUGGUGGAGGCCAUGAAACUGAUCCAGGAACACGCUCGCAGCCUGGAGCCUGUUAUUUCUGGCUUUGCUGCCGUUUAUCAACAUUUUGACUUUGAUCCACACAUACCUGCUAAUGGCUAUCGCUCGCUCGUCAAGGUUGUGCGUUGCUGUCUUCUCCACAUCAUCCACAAGGGGCGCUACAUCACAGCCAACCGUCGCAGCAUCUUCUUUCGGGUAGCGCACAACGUGCGAGAGAUGGAGGCGUACUGCAAUGCGCUCUGUCAGCUGCGCGCCCUGCUCUACCUGGCGCAGCGCAUGCUGCAUGACAACAGCCACGGAAACCUGUUCUUCCAGGAUGAAAGUGGCCUCAGCGAGAGUUUCGUCCGGGAAUACGCCUCCAUGCAUAAAGGAUGCUUCUAUGGCCGCUGCCUAGGUUUUCAGUUUACACCGGCCAUCCGACCAUGUCUUCAGACCAUCGCUAUCGGCCUCGUGGCCUUUGGCGAAAACUACAAGCGUCAUAAGUCAGGAAUAGUGGACGCAGGAGGUAUUGCACCGUAUGGUGUGGCAGCCAGCUCUUUCUUUACUUCGGGCAAGUAUGCCAUCGACCCGGAGCUGAGGGGGGCAGAAUUUGAACGGAUAACUCAGAACCUGGAUGUACAUUUCUGGAAGGCCUUCUGGAACAUCACAGAGACGGAGGUCCUGUCGAGUCUUGCUAGUAUGACCUCUACUCAAGUCAAGGUGAACAGAGCGCUUUCUGUGCCUCCUGUGCCCUUUGACCUUCCUCUAGCCACAAACCACAGAGCGUCUGUAACGAUAGCUCCACCUUCUGCGCACAUCGGCCCCGCUCCUGUUCAGAUGAGACUCAUUUCUUAUGAGUUGCGUGAAGGACAGGACAGCGAGACUCUGCUAUCUCUGUCUCGAUCUGAGGGAGGUGCUAUUUCUCUGUCCCUGGGGUUGAAGACCAAGCGCCUCCCUUCUUCUCCCUGCCUUCUCAUCCACUUCCAUGGGGGAGGCUUUGUGGCACAGACCUCAAAGUCCCAUGAGCCUUAUUUGAAGAGCUGGUCCCAGGAACUUGGUGUUCCCAUCCUGUCGGUGGAUUACUCUCUGGCCCCUGAAGCCCCUUUCCCACGGGCACUUGAAGAGUGUUUCUAUGCCUACUGCUGGGCUCUAAGAAACCACCAUCUACUUGGAUGGACCGGAGAGAGAGUGUGUUUGGCCGGUGACAGCGCGGGGGGCAACCUGUGUGUGACCACGUCGAUGCGCGCCGCCGCCUUUGGCGUGCGAAUGCCAGAUGGCCUGGUGGCGGCCUACCCAGCUACCCUGCUGACGGCCUACGCGUCACCCUCCCGUCUGCUUACACUUAUGGAUCCCCUGCUGCCGCUCAGCGUGCUCUCCAGGUGUCUCAGUGCCUACGCAGGUAAUGAGCCGCAGACCGAGAAGCAGGUAGAAAAAGUGAGCACGUUGAGCCUGGUGAGGAGAGAUACGGCCCUGCUGCUGCGAGAUUUCCAACAGGGAGCCUCUAACUGGAUCCAAUCUCUGCUGGAUCCCAACAGAGCAUCAGCCUCCUCCAACACAUCUGCCAAGACGACACCAGCAACCCUCGAUACAUCGACAAGCGAUACAGUGAGAAAAAGCGUCUCUGCAGCUUCCAUCUCCUCUCCUCACGCCGACCCGCCUGUUCCCAACGAGCCGUCGCCGCUGCCCGGCAGAAAAUUAUCUGUGAAGAGCAAGACGUGCCAGGACUUGGAAUCCCACAGCAGUCCUGUCCCCCAGAGUUCUCCGCUGAUGUCUGAGCACGCUGUAGAAGACGUGAGUUUCUUUCUCUGCAGGGACAGUGACCCCUCCGUGUCCGACGACCUGUCCUCUGUGGCCAUCCCGCCCCCGGCCGUAGAAGAGGGAUCGGAGCUGCCGCACCCGAGGGAGUUCCCUCUGGGCUUUGAGCCGCUGCGCUCGGAGCAGCUCGCUGAAAUGAGGCUGCAGAGCUCUCCGGUCGUCAAGGAUCCUUUCUGCUCACCUCUUCUGGCUCCUGACAGCAUGCUGAAGGGGCUGCCGCCUGUACACAUAGUGGCUUGUGCGUUGGACCCCAUGCUGGACGACUCUGUGAUGUUUGCCAAGCGUCUGAGGAGCAUCGAGCAGCCCGUAACACUGUGCGUGGUGGACGACCUCCCCCACGGCUUCCUCAGCCUCUCGCACCUCUCCAGGGAGACGAGGGAGGCCGCCAACGUCUGCGUGGAGCGAAUCCGCUCCGUCUUCAACCAGGAGGACACGCCCCCGGAGCCACGCAAGCACCGCAAGCUGGAGCGGACUGACAGGCGGGAACUGAGACCUUCUGAAGAAAACGGUGCUCUCCUUCCCGACCCCAUUGUCGACCCAAAGGCAGCUGUCGGGAGAGGGUCUAAAAUCUCUGAUGGGGAGGGCUUGGUUGCUGUGGCAGCCCAAAAUAACACUGACGCCGGUGGCAUCGGUGCUUAAAUGAGGUUUGGGGUUGGGGAGGGGGAGGCUGCGGUUCACCCACAGGAGUGAAUAGAGAGAGAGAGUAAAUGAAAGUCAGACUGAUGUAGGCAGCGCAACUCCUAAAUGAGAAAUGAAGGCAGCAUCUUAGGAAAACAGAAAGAGGAGUGGGAGGGGGGGCAGUCUGGGGGAAAAAAAAAUGCUCAGUGUUUGAACAAUAAAUAAAAGGAGGUGGAGCGCUGAAAUGUAUCUCCUUCUGCUUCGCGAUUCUUACCACUCGUCUGCGCGCCAUUAUGCACCAACGCAAAUCUGGCAGACAAAACGAACACGCCCACAAAAAGGCAGUCAUGUUUCAGAAUGAGAUGAUAAUUUAAAAGCUUCUCAGAUCAAAGACCAAUACUCACACACACACACAGAGCAGCACACACACAGAGCAGCACACAUACUUAAAGGAGUCGCUGUUAGGCAGGCGAAGCUCAGACAUAAAGCACAAGCAGCGCUGCUACGACGACGCCUGAAUAGGUGAUUCAUCUGGGCCGCGGCAGGCCCUAAUCAGAUAGCCGUGGACACACUGUACGCUUCAUCCGCAUCAAUGUGGCCACUUGUCCUUUAGGAAUCCACUCUAAAUCACACUAAAUAACUCCACGUUGUCUUCUCCAUUAUGCCUGUUUGGGAGUCAAUAUAGCUCACUUUGUGGGUCGUAACUGUGUUGACUCUCUCCAAAUAGAAUAACGAAGCUAAACACAACAAACCAAAAGUCUCCAAGCUAAAGGAAUUGAUUUACUUGCUUUCUUGAGAAUUACUUUUUUUUUUUAUCAUAUUUUGAACUUUAUGCAGGAGUGUUUUUUAUUAUUUAUGUCAGGUUAUGAACUCCUGAGUUCUAACUUGUUUAAACUUUAAACGUAUAUUUUAAUAUAAGCUUUUGCUGUUUUUUGUUUGUUUUUUUUUAUUUGUUUUUUUAUAGUGAAUGUUUCAAAAAUGAGUGGUGAGUUAAAGCAUUAAUACUCCCUGAACUUUCAUAUUUUUGCCAUGCGUUGACCAUAAUGUAACCCGUUGGGAUUUGAAGUGAUGGACGAAAGGCGGCUUAAAAUCAUGAAGUUUAAAGAAAAUGAUUCAUGGUUUCCAAAAGACUCCAGACUUUCGCAGCAUGUUUCGACCAGUUUUGCUCGAAGUGGAAUUCACAGAACAACACUUUACAAAUGUAAAUAAUAAAUUAGAUUCAAGGUUUAAAACUGUCUUAUACAUGGAAAUAUUUGAAUCUAAACUAUUCAGUUGUACUUUUAGCUUUAUGAUGAGGUUUAUUGUCCUGCUGGAAGUGUUAUCUUUAGCCUUUUGCUUCCUCUAGCAGGUUUUCUUACAAUUUGUCCUGUGUUUAGCUUGCGUCCUGAGACCAGGUAUUUUGGAGCACACGCCAGGUAGUUGUCCUGUUAAUGCAUCGUUCCAUUUGAGUUGCAGCUCCUCCAUUGUUCCCAUCUGCCUCCUGGUUGCUCCUCUGAUUAAUAAUGACAUUUUAGUUUAGAUGAACAUCCACGACUGUGUAAUUAUGUCGUUCCCGUUCCAUGUUUUUUUGGAUGACGGGUUGAGCAGACAUCCAUGAUGCUAAGAGUUUUACUUGUGACAAUUUUGAAAACCAUGUAUCAUUUUCUUCCCACUUCACAAUAUGCUAGUCACCAAAUUAUGUGUGGUUGUUGGGUGACAACAAAGCAAAAUUGUUCCAGAGAUGUUAAUACGACAGCGAGGCACUGGACAGAUUUGUUGCUUUAGACCAAACUGCUGACUUCUCUGGUCUUUUCACUUAGGCUUAUGCAGAACAAAGCAGAGUUAUCAGAAGGAGAGGAUGAUAAAUAUUACAAUACGGACACAGUGUUCCAUCUCACUGCCGCCUUUGGCAUUUGUAGUGUUGUAUUAGUAAUGCAGAGACUCGAACAAAGAUGCAUUCAAGUGAAAACAAACAAAUUCAAGGAAAUUGUUGCCCCCUCUCUCUGCAAGUCGUGGUUCUUGAUUUUCUUCAGCCGGGUGAAGUGUUUUUAAUCAUUUUAAUAUUUCAGGAUUGGAAGCAGUCGCUUGGCUUCCCAGCCCCGCUAAGAAACGGAGUUCAAAAGAGUGGAACUGUUAAAGAAAAGUCCAAGUCUCAGCUGUCCGUACACAUUCUAAACUCGAUGGAACAGUUUUUCUUGCGAGUUGUCAGAUUUUUCUCUGCUGGUUUCAGUGUCCAACCAGAGCGCUCUCAAGCCUCGGGAUUUAUGACCUGACAGCUUGUUUGUUUUGUUUUCCGUAACAAGUCGGAGGCUUUUAGGCAAAUCUCGAGAACCCCUGCUGUGAAAAACAAUUGCUGGAAGACGAAAAAAAAAACCCCACUGACACAUUUUUGCACACUGGUUCAGAUAUUUUCACUCCCUAACAGCUACAAUUGCGGUUGUCGCUGUUUUUGAUUACUUGAGGACACUUUUCUGCAUACACAGCCAUCCAAGUACUUUAAAAUGUACCGGUGGAUAAAGGAUGGCGAUGUUACUUUGUUCCCUUCUGUUGAUGGAUUGCAUACUGAAAAGUAUGAAAUAUAUGUGUUGAUUUAAAAAAAAAAAAUGCACAUGUGGUUGCCAACAGUGGCUGUCUGUGACUGUCACUGCUCUGGUAGCAGACCAAAGGUUGCCAGGUCUGCAGAGAAGGAUGCUGUUUGAUGAAUAGGAUUUAGCUGAUGCUCUGACUCUGAAAUCCUUCCCCCCCGUAGAAGUGCUGGAUUUUCGGCUGCAGUCAUGCUACAGGAUUAGACCGUACUCUGCUCUGUCAGCUUCAAGUACUUACUGCAAUAUUUUUAGUCAGAUUGACGGAAAGAAUAAUACACUUAGCCUCUCAGGUUUGGGGCUGAAGUUUGAACUUGUUUUUGAUAGUUGCUAUUAAUCUGCAGUUUCCCUGCAGAGUUGGUUUAUUCUGAGUUUGAGCUUUUACAUGUUUGUUCGUUUUGCUUGCUGCUUAUCGACAAUUCAGUCGACCUUUGUGUCAUGUUUUAUCCAUAGAUGACACUGUAAAUUCAGUGGACUAUUCAUAGCCUUUGCGUAUCGCCAAUCCUCAUUGGGACCUAUUGUUCUGUCUGUAAUUUGAUGUGCUUAGACUUCUUUACCAAAACUAAGAGCGACACUCCAAAUGGACAAGAAGAACUGUGUUGGUUGAAAUGUGUCAAACUCUUUCACCUUCAGUGUAUUGACCCUCAUAUGCCUCAUAAUACUUAUCUGUUGUGCUUCAUGAGAGCAGGUGAUGGACCAGAAUACUUCUGAGGUGAAUCAUAUCUGUGUUUAGUGCUGCGUUUAGGGUUCAAGCACUGGCAAAGCUAUGGAUUUAUAAUUGGAGUGUCUGUAGCUUUAAACUGUUAUCUCAGUGCAAUGCUUAGUAUUGCUGACUCAUAUUCGGUUAUAAACGUUGUUGCGGUUCAAUGUAAACAUAUUUGUAUGUUCAAAUGGUUGUUUGGCUUAAAAUUUUGUUAGACCUAUCCUGAUUUUUGGUCAAGUGCAAUGCAAAGUGCAAUAUCCUUACUUCAGGUGGUGUUUGGUAAGGUUGCAUAGGUGGUUACUUUUCAGGAUUUUUCUUUCCAAAGUCUUUGCUCUUGAAGUCAGAAGUGAGAUGAUGCCGAUUAUUAUAGUGCAAUACUCUUCAGUCGCCUCCAACUUGGGCUUCACAUGUAAAAUGUAAACUUAUAUCUAUGAAAACACUAACUGUUCAACCUGAUGGCUGCUUUUAUAAACGCAACAGUUCAUUAUAUUUACCUCAAUCGCUUCAUAGGAAUGUUUCAUGAUGGCUGGAAAGAGUAGGUUGGAGUACAGAACCAAAGAGGGCAGCCAGUCCAGGAAUUGAUGUUCUCUCCUUGCUGUUUAAUGUUUUUAGCUGUUAACAUUACAUCGCAGGUGCUGGUGUGUAGAAUAACCUGUCUGCACUCCAUAUGCAAAUUGUGCUGCAUCAUUUCAGCUGUAGGAAAUGUUCAACAAAAUAAGUUAAUACAUAAGCAAUAGACUGGAAAAGGUAUAACCAUCUUUUCUUUAAACAUUACUCUGUUGGAAACACCACAAGUGCAAACCUGUGAAUAACACACAAAAAAAGUAAACUAUAGAUGAUUCAUGUAGAUAUUUUUACUUUUAUGUAUGUUAAUCAGAUUGAUUAUUUUGUGACUGCAUUUACUUUGCAGGUUCCAUAACAGAUUGAUGUAUGUGACGAACCAUGAGGUGAAUUUCUUCUUUUGCUGAUUUUUAUUGAAAUAAUGAAAUAAAUAUAUUCUCCCAUAA